GCUCACAGCGACUGCGAACUGUCGAGCUGUUCCGCUCUGGAAGAGAGAGCGAGAGAGAUAUAAAGAGAGAGAGAUAGAGGAGAGAGAAAGAGAGAGAGAGAGAGAGACAGAGAGAGAGAGGGCAGAGAGCAGGGAGAGAGAGAAAGAAGACGCUUGAGUCGAAGUCGGGACAAUUAUAUUUAUUGAGCCAACUCUCGUCUCCCAAGACAUCAAGCCACUUCCCCGGGACUUCCAGCAAGAACCUGAAGAAUUUACUGCAUAUACGAAACUUCAGAUAAACUUUGAUUUUAUUUAUUAAAUUUUGUAUCUCUCUCCAGCCUAGACCCUUGCCGGUGUUUGAAGAUGUCAUUUUACCUGCUCGGUGGAUUUUUUCUGCUGUUCGGUGGAUUUUGGGCGCGGGCUUCGCCCACCUUACCUGUGGAGGACGCGCGAGUAUCCGACUGUCCGGCGUGCGCGAUGCCCCGGCUGCAGGCGCACUCAGCCGGCGCUGACAGUCAGCUGGUGGAGGCCGUGAAAAGGCACAUAUUGAAUAUGCUGCAUCUCAAGAGCAGGCCCAAUAUCACCCAGCCGGUCCCCAAAGCCGCACUUUUCAGCGCCCUGAAGAAGCUGCACGUUGGGCGGGUACGAGAGGACGGCCGAGUGGAAAUCGAGGAGCAUCCGUCCGGCUUGUCAGCGCUGAACGAACCCGAACAGGCUUCGGAGAUCAUCAGCUUCGCUGAAGCAGGUCCGUCUCCGGACGUUUUGCACUUUCACAUUGCCAAGGAGGAGGACAGCGAGCUGACUCUGGUGGACCAAGCCAAUGUGUGGCUGUACCUGAAGCUCUCAAACAAGUCCAGCCGAAGCAGGAAUAAGGUGAGCAUUCGGCUGUACCGAGGAGACGACAGCGUCCCCUUCGUCGAGAAGCAGGUGGAUGUCAAAGUUAGCGGCUGGCAGACGCUGCCGGUGUCGAGGGCGGUGCAGGAGGCGCUGAGCACGCCGCAGAGGUCCCUGCUCCUGACGGUUGCCUGCGCGCAGUGCAGGGAAGCCGGUGCCUCCCCCGUGCUGCUGGAGGCAGCGGGGAAGGACGAGUCGUUCCGCCCCUUCCUGAUGCUCCUGCUGCGGGAAUCGGACGCUCACACGCACCGAAUCCGCAAACGGGGUCUGGAGUGCGAAGGCAAGUCCAACAUCUGCUGCAGGAAGCGUUUCUAUGUGAACUUCCGAGACAUCGGCUGGAGCGACUGGAUCAUAGCGCCUGCCGGCUACUAUGGGAACUACUGCGAGGGAGAGUGCCCGAGCCACAUCGCCGGCACCUCAGGCUCGUCUCUCUCCUUCCACUCGGCCGUCAUCAAUCAUUACAGGAUCAGGGGCUACAGCCCCUUUAACAAUAUCAAAUCCUGUUGUGUCCCUACCAAACUCAGGGCAAUGUCCAUGCUCUAUUACGAUGACGGACAUAACAUUGUGAAAAAGGACAUCCAGAACAUGAUCGUGGAGGAAUGCGGCUGUUCGUAAACCCUUAGAGAUCCCCACACCCCACAUCCUCAAAGAGGGAGCCCUGUACAAGCUUCAGCACACUCAGACUCACACACACACGCACACACACUCACACUCACACUCACACACGCACACACACUCACACUCACACACACACACACACACGAAUACAGACGGAAGAAACAUUCACUUGCUACACUCUCUAGAUUUAGGACGUAACUCUGCCGUGGAACCUCCCCGCAGCCUUAAGAUCAACUCAGACCUUUAAAGAUGCCGCCAGGCCUGCUGAGUUCCUUCAGCAUUGUGUGUGUGUUGCUCAGACUUUUAAACACACGAGCUUCUGCAGGUGCUGGAGAUCCAGAGUAAAACACACACACACACACACACACACACACACACACAAAAUCCUGGAGGAACUCAGCAGAUCAAGGAGCGGUGGGGGGUGGGGGGACUGUUGACGUUUCGGGUCCGAACCCUUCAGCCGAAACGUCCAGUGAGAUCUCUGAGCCCGCGGAGAGGUUCCACGUAGCCACCGACUUGAACCCAUCCAUCUAGACCAGAUCGCAGAUGACCAUCACCGCCAGUAAACUGUGACGGACUUACACACACACACACACACACACACACACACACACACACACACACACACACACACGCACACACUAGCUUUCCUUGCAUUUAUUUUACCGUGACAUCCAAUGGCACUUUCCCCAGACAAAAAUGCACACGAUCCUUUCGUUGUGAACACAGGGUCGAGAGUUUUUACACGGAGGUGCACUGCCUUUUGUUUGCAAAACUGCCUACACACGUGUAAGAUGCCUAAGUCCAGAACUAUGCAAUCUUUUUAAAAAUGGUUAUGGAUGGUUUACGUGAAAGGAGACGCGUGUUUCCACUGGAAGUUAUCAUUGUUGAGGGAAACUUGAAAGAAACGCGUUCUCCUCGCUUGUGGGCCAAACAUUUUUUUUAAACUUUGUGACUACGAUUUGCACUAAAACGACAUUUGCCUGUCUAACCGUAUUUAUACAGACGAGUUUGAAAGAACAGGGGACUGCACUCCAGUUAACUAGAGUUUCUGUGAAAUUCUGUAUCGGCGGAUGAACAUAUACCAAAGAGAUUUGUGUAAAUGUUAUUGUGAUUUCUACAAGGAUAAUAUUUUUUAAAAAUCUAAAAAAAAGGUAUAUACACACACAGCACCUGUAGACGAACAAGGCUCCGGUAUCAGGGUUUGGAUGAAACACUCUAUACGUUUGAUCCAUCGGCAUGUAGACAUCUGGAUGUCUGGGCGCUCCUAACAUCUGACUAGCAGACCCCCAGGUGUAGUUUGCACACUGAAAGCGAUUAGCAAAAAGCACUUCCCGCAGUCAGCGCUUAUUCGUAUUUAAGAACGUUGAAUCAGCGUAUUUGAGAAAGAAAAGAAAUCCGAACUUUAGCUUAAAAAUAGUAGGCAUAUUUUUUAUAACGACAUCGCCUUAGGGCGAUCAAAAAGUGUUAAAUAAACAUAUUGUUUUAAUGUUUCACGUGAAAUAUUGCGAAGAUGAUUCACCAUAAUCUGCCCGUUUGACUAGGCGAAAGACGCGUGAUUUCCUGUCAUCGGGGUGCGCGGUAGAGUAGCGGUUGGCGUAGCACCAUUACAGUGCCAGGCGCCCGGGUUCAAUUCCUACCGCCGGCUGGGUGCCGCGGUUUCCUCCCAUAAUCCAAGGAUCACGUGGGUGUAAUUGGGCUCGUUGGCCCGAAAUGGCGUAUUUCUAAGGAAAUCUUCCCCGGAAUCCAGUUAAUCUGUCCAGUUCAAAUUAUUUAUUUAAUGAUGCCAUUCUCCCCGACAAUGUGGAUUUCCUAUAUCACCAAACACUGCCUGUUGUCUCGGGACUCUGGCGAGGAUUCCUCGCAUCAGAAACUCGGGGGCUGGCAGGAAGGUGGUUUAUUGCCAACGACUGAAUGGGGCCAGACUGAAGUCCAAUUUGUGAAGAUUAGACAUUCGGGAAUAACCUCCAACGCGGGUGGCGAAUACAGCCACGUCUUUUAAUGACACUUGGGCCGUGAGAGUAGAGAUUCCACGUAACUUUUCUGACUCGCUGCUGAUUGUCCCCUUGUCAGUAGAAAUCAAGCCUAUGGCGUUAAGCACCAAAAAAAAAGUCUUUUUAUGUUUUUUUAAAAUUGUGGACUAGAUGUAUUUUACACAUCACUGUACAGUGCGAGAUAAUGUACAUAUAUGAUUUCAAUCUGCGAACUUUUUAUUGCCUUAAUAAGUUCCAUUGUUGGUCUGGGCAAGUGUGUGUGUAUGCGUGUUUUUAAUUGGAAUUAGGCCAUAAGACAUAGCAGGCCAUUCGGCCUAUCGAGUCUGUCCCGCUAUUCCAUCAUGGCUGACUUAUUCUCCCUCUCAACCCCAUUCCCCCACUUUCUCCCCGUAACCUUUAAGGCCCUGACUAAUCAAUAACCUACCAACCUUCGUUUUAAAUAUUUCCAAUUACUAAAUUGGCCUCCGCAGACGAAGUAAAUCUGAACCGAUUGAAUAGAUCAUGAAUGGAAAUGGUAUACAAGGCCUGUCGCACCCUUUUCAGGUGGCUAUCAAUUUGUUUUCAUUCGGGUUCAGUGAACAUUCGAGUGUUUAUUGAAAUUUGCCUUUGUCACCCCCUUCAGACCGCGCAUUCUGGUUCAUAACCAGCAAAGAAUACAAAGGUAAAGCCCCACCCCAACACAAUCCCCUCAACGGGUAUUUGUCAUCAUUAUGUACAGAGUAAUGAUGACAUCAUUUGUAUUUGUCAUCUACUCACAGAUGCCAGUAGACUUGUUGGAAUCGCUACACUUCUGGGUUGUGUCUAGUCUCACUAAGCUAGGUUCAUGGACUGAGCUCACAGUGUCUCUGAGCAACGCUCAGAUAGUCACAUGCAUCACAGAAAAAUGGAGUGGGUUAAAAUGUUGGCACAACUUUGCGAGAUGAUGAGGCUGUACUGUGCUUGUAACGCUCUGUGUUCUAACACAAAGGUGCUUGAGGAACUCAGUAAGUCGGGCAGCCUCUGUGGAGGAAAUGAACUGUGAAAGUUUGGGGCCCAGAACUUUCAUCCGUAUUGGAAAGGAAGGGGGUAGAAGCCAGAUCAAGAGGAGUCCUCUCCUAUCAGAUUACUUCUUGGCCAGCCCUUCAUCCCUCCUAUCACCUCCCAGUUUCUUACUUCAUACCAGUUCUCCCACCCCUCCACCCUGUCACCUUCCCCCCUCUGUCUAAUCCAUCACCUGCCAGCUUCUACUCGUCUCCCUCCACCUUAUUCUGGCUUCUUCCCCACUUCCUUUCCAGUCCUACUGAAGGGCUUCAGCCUAAAACAUUGACUGUUCAUUUCCCUCAAUCCAUGGUGCCUGACCCGCUCAGUUCCUCCAGCAUUUUAGGUAUGUUGCUCUGGAUUUCCAGCAUCUGCUUUUCCUGUGUUUGUGCACAAUAUCUUUGGCCAAGGUUGUGGUUACUGCAUGGAAAGUGGGCUUGUGUGCCUUUAGGAGAAGCAAAUAUCUUUUCUGACAAAGAUUGACUCUUUAGUACAGACGGACUAUUGUAGGAAGGAGGUGUUGUCAUUGGAAUGCCAAACUGAAGUCCAUUUGGCGAGAGUGUAGAAGAUUCCAAAGCCUAACUAAUUCAGGCAAGAAUUCUCAAAUCCUAUCAAUACUUAACAACCUGAAUAGAAAAAUGGAAUAAAUUGUGGUAUCCUGCUGUGUAAACGGGUUGGGAUGAUCUUUUGUUGUAUCAGCAGUCACCUUAUUUCCCAAUACCAACAUGUAGGAUAUUCAUGAAAGGUGUCAUGAAACUGCAAACAUUUAUUUAGACUUAGGAGCAGAAUUCGAGUUUGCUUCAUCUUUCCAUCAUGGCUGAUUUAUUAUCCCUCUCAAGCCCAUUCUCCAAUCUUCUCCCUAAUGCCUGAUUACCCAAGAACCUAUCAGCCUCUGCUUUAAAAAAUACCCGGUGACUUGGCUUCAAUAGCCAUCUGUGGCAAUGAAUUCCAGAGAUUCACCUCCUUCUGGCUGAGGAAAUUCCUCUUCAUCUCUGUUCUAAAGGGACACCCUAUUCUGAGGCUAUGCCCUCUGAUCCUAGAUCCCCCCUCCCCCACUAUAGGAAACAUCCUCUCCACAAAGAAUUUUAAAAUGUAGGUUGUGCCGAGAUUCAUAUGAAAGGGAGAGAGGUUUGCAAAGAGAAGUCCAAGGCUCUGGGGAUAGCCUGUUGAAGCUACAGAAAAGAGAACUGGGUGCUCAGCUUUCUCAGUGUUGUGUUGCCAAAGGUUACAGAGAAAAAGAUGUUUGAGGCUGCUAGGUGAUGUGUGAAAUAUGAGAAGAAUUUUCAAAUCAAAACUUUGCUUUGAUCCUGCGGGGAUCACAUUAGCUUUCCUAAAUGUCAUCGCAGUGUCACUCAACUAAUCUAUUUGCAGAUUAUACAGCCACAAAAUUUAUCCCAGUAAUUCUGUGGCCAGUAAACAAACCUUCCUGUCAGCUUCUGCAUGCAAUUCUGACACAUUUUUUAUUGAGAGACAGAACUAUGAAGAUUACAGACAAUUGUACAGAUUGUGUUAUCAGAAGAAAGGGGGGGGGGGAAAUCUCAUUGAAACCAAUCGAAUGGUAAAAGACCUCGAUAGAGUGGAUGUGGAGAGGAUGUUUCCUGUGGCAGGGGAGUCUAAGACCAGAGGGCACAGUCUCAGAAUGGAGGGACGUACUUUUAGAAUAGAGAUGAGAAGGAAUUUCUUUACCCAGAGAGUGGUGAAUCUGUGGAUUUCAUUGCCACAGGCGACUGUGGAGUUCAAAGUCAUUGGGUAUACUUAAACAGAGGUUGAUAGGUUCUUGAUUUGUCAGGGCAUGAAGGGAAACAGCGAGAAGGCAGGAGAGUGGGCUGAGAGGGAAUUGAAUCAGCCAUGAUGAAAAAGCAGAACAGACCUGAUGGGCCAAAUGGCCUAAUUCUGCUCCUAUGUCUUAUGGUCUUAUGGUGUUAUGGGGCAGGCAUGACAUACGUAUAUAAUUUUAUUGUGAAGGACUGCAGUUUUAGUGACCUUUAAUUAUCUACCAAUAAGUCUAUGCAGUUUUAAAAAAGUUAUAACUUUCCUUGUAAAAUUGCAAUGUUACGUCUUUUUCACAACAAAGACCUAAAUGCUGCAUCUUCUAAUACUCCGGCGAGUGAAACGAGAGUUCCUGUUUACCUCUGAGUGUCUAACUGCAACUUUUUGCUCUUCUGAAAAUGCAUGCUUAAUUUGAAAAGCAGAUAGAAUUGACAGUAAAUGUUUUUGUUUUAUUUUGAUCUGACUUGCACCUUAUCUAGACCAACAAUCCCAAAUUGUCUUUCCCAUUUUGUUCAUCUGCAACUUAAUGCUUCAAAACAAUGUUCGGUAGGCUAAUAUGAUUUCAAAAGUAAAAUUAAUUUAUGGACUUGUGUAAACAGUAUAAUUUGAUCAUUUGAUAUUUAUUGUACAUCAGUAAAUAAAUGUUUAUUUUUAAGUUGCAUAAGGGAUAUUACCAUAUGUUGCAAAAUAAUGGAUGCUGUUCAUGGAAUAAAGUUAUCAGCAUU